AUGUGCUCAAACAUGAACGUCGUAAACAACUGUAAUGCAAAGACUGCAAAUGUUCUUGAUAAUUUUAACGUUUGUAAGGACUUUAUAAAUUUGGAGACCGAUGCUCUAAUUACAGCGGCAGCAAUGUCUCACUUCGGUAUGGAAAGUCUUGAUGACAAGACAGAAUCUUUCAUCCCACCAGACAUACUAAAGGCAUCAAGAGAGAAGAGAAGAGUGUGGCUCUACUGUCGCAUAACAAACAUGCUGGCCACAUUUGUCAUGUCUGAUGAGCACGAAAUCAUCAGAGAAAAUGUAGCUGAGGUUAACAGGCCAAAAGCUCCUGUUGUUCACAUAUGCAGGGUAUGUAGAAAGACGUACAAGUAUGCCAAGGCAAAGGAAAACCAUGAAAGACAACAACACCCUGAAUUCUGUUUCAAUGAAGAUGUUGAUUCCCAACAAGAGUCUCCAAAUGAGACAGAAAAUUUAGAGAGUCAUGACCAAAAGCCGAGGGAUGACAGGUACAACUAUGCUACUCUCCGCUUAGCCAUAGGCCUACUCCUAAGAAAUUUUGAUGAUGCCGUGAAAUAGGGAGAUGGUGGGCGCAUAUUUUGUUGUUGGAAAUUUGCUAUGUUAAUAUACAAAUCACACAAUCACAACAAGUAUGCUUUGGCAGGUCUUCGACUCCAAGCAUUAAUCAAAGCAAUUCUUACCCCAAGAGAGGCUGAAUGGUUGAAGUGGAACAGAACUGUAAACAACAAAGGGGGUGCUGGAAACAACAUCUCAAUGGAUAUAAGAAUGGAGCACCUGAUCUGCCUUACAAAAGAGUUGCUGAAGCGUCUUGGUCCGAACCUGACAGAAGCUGCCGCAAAACGCUGCUGCAAAGCUGUUGGCCACUUGUCAGAUCUGAUUGAUUUAGUGGAUGAGGACUUAAGAAUUGAAAGACCCAGUGGGCAUCACAAGAUGCAGCAAAGAGGGGCUGAUUUCAAACUUUUAGUGGACGAGUUUCACCGAAGGGGAAGUAUGUGUAAGUUUGAUCCACAACCUGAAAGGGAGUAUCGCAUCUUUGCCAACUUCCGGGACAGGCUAAUCAAGGGUCUUGAUUUGACAUCCUUAAACAAAUGGAUCAGCCAACACAAAAAGGAAUUGCAUAAAUUGGAGUCAAUUUAA